AUAGCGUUGCACGUAGUAUUACGUAAAACGUCAUGAUUCUACGUGUGGUUUGAACGCGGGCUGGAUAUUUAUUGGCCUGCAUAUAACGUCGUGCCCGUUGAAUGAACGUACCUGUUUUAUAGACCUACUAGAUAUUUCGGGACGGCAUUCGUGAUUGUAGAGGACAGUGUUGCUUAUUUGAACAGGUGUGUUUAGAUCGCUAAAGUGACAUUGAGUGACGUACGUUCAUUUGGGAAAUAAAAUAACGUAAUUUAAUGCACGUGUGAGGCAUCUUACUGAAUGCAAUUGCAUACCGAACAUCAGUGUAAGGAACUUAAAUCGGUGAAGAUGUGCGAUUUUUAUUUGAAGAUUACGUCUAAAACAUAACGCUUAUGUUGAAGUUGUCCAACAACCAGCUGAUAACUCAUCAUCUAUGCAACUUUAUUGCGACCUGCCAUGGAAUAAAAAGUGAAUACAGCAGAACCUGUUAGCUACCGGUAGUUCACACAUGCAGCAGGUCAAACUAUUGAUGAUUUUUCUUAGUUAUAUACUCAAAAAGUUGUGUCGUAAAUAACCGAAUGUAGACUAACAUAAAUACAUUUCGCAAGACACGUAAUACACUCAAUAAACAUCCACUGCGAUUUUAAACUGUAACACUAUUAUAAAUAACAACUGCAAGCGAUAUUUUAUAGCUCCUACUUUGAAAAAGUCACUGCUAUGCAAACGCGAAUUUAUACAAAUAUAUUACAACGACUGCAACCUGUAUUUAUAGUAUACAAACGCUAAUUGUAAAUGCAAAAUCAUCUAAUACAUAUAUUAACAUGUAUACGAACUCACUUGCAUAUAUGUAGAAAAAAAACUGUUAGGCACAAGUACUGCUCGUUGUUUUACUAACUUGUACAUAUAAUUUUACCUACAGCGCAAACGAAAAGCAGUUGGAAAACUGUACGAAUAUACACAUAUCACCACAUAGACUGUACGAAUAUACACAUAUCACCACAUAGACUGUACGAAUAUACACAUAUCACCACAUAGAACAACGCAAAAUGUUUUGGUUCACAGAUGCUGGAUAUAAUUCGUGGAUAGUUAAUAAGAGAUAAUUGUCUAGCAUGUAACAACGUGCGUUGACGGGGAAUGCUGAUUACUACAACUGGCAUUGCAAAUUGUAUUCUGAAUAGGAGGACAGUACGGACAAGCAAAUAACGAGAGAGAAAGACAUGUUUAACGUCCUGGGCAGAAUCUGCGAGUCCAAGGACCAGACUUACAAAAUAAAAAGUUCAAGCCAUGAGGCGCGGUCGGUGAGUGACGUGACACUGGUGGCUGUGCGCGAUGGGCCACUUAGACGAACACCGGAACCACGUAAUCUCGAACAGGCGUCCCCCGGAAACUCUCGACACGGAGAUCAAUUUGGGGAAUCGAGGAUCCUCAGCGACACGGCGCUCGUGCGAGAUUACCUCGUGGCACGUGGCAGGGCUCUUUCCAGUCAGCACAGCGUCUCCGUGCACGAGGAAAGGGAGGCAUUACUCAGGUACAUCGACGUUCUGGACUUGGCUCAGACAACAUUCGAGAAGGUCUGCCAAGAGUUAGUGGACGCCAAAGAUUCGCUGGCUGCCCUUGAAGAGAUAAAGGCGAGGUUCCUGGUCGAGCACGAGACUCUGAUAGCUGAGAAUUACAGAAAGACUCAAGAGUUAGCGGAAGUCAUGAAAAUAAACAGCGGCCUAAAUAAGGAAAUAGACAGAUUAAAGGGAUCUCGAAACUCCCGACAUUUCAAGUCCCUGCGGAAGUUUACCUCCACGACAGACAUGGCAAAGGCCAGGUUCGUCUUAAUAGACGAGCUGAACGUCACUUCCGGUCUGGACAAAAACAGCUGCCGAGUUACCGGAUGUGUACUGGCAUCCCCCUGCACGCUAGCCCUCGCCGACUGCAACAACAGCGCAGUGAAAAUACUGGACGUGAACACGAACACAAUAGUGGAAUACCACCAGUUACCGGCGGCCCCUUGGGACAUUACAGCCCUCCCCAACGACGAACUCGCCGUCACCCUUCAGUUAAGGAAAGAGAUACAGAUUAUUUCCAAAUACAGGGCCAUGUUCUUGAAAGUCGACGGCGAUUGUCGGGGAAUUGACUUCUUGUUUAAGCACAACAGCCUCGUGGUAUCGUACGUGGACCCAGAAAAAGUAGAAAUUCUGGACCUACAAGGCGUUGUGUUGAAAUCGUUUACAUUUCGUGAAGGCAAUGUGAUGUUUCUGCGUCCGCAUUACGUGUGCAGCUCAAGUAACGAGGACUAUAUCUUCGUCUCCGACACCAUGAAACACACGAUUACAAAACUCUCCGUUACAGGCGACACAUUCGAGUCCUACAGCGACCCGGAAUUGGCGGAACCGGAAGGGCUAUGCUCCACGAGUGACGGCGGGCUGCUGGUGUGCUCUUAUAACCAGAAUUACAUCCACCUCGUUUCCAAGAAUCUGGAGCGCAUCAGCGCCCUCCUGUCGUCUGCGGAAGGAAUCGAGGAGCCGCAGGCGAUAUACUACGACUGGAAAACCAACAAACUGUACGUGGCGCUGUACAAGAACAAUAUAAAGGUGUUCACUGCGCAGCCGUCAAGUAAGUAGCGUUAAUGAGGCGGUCGAGUGGUAUUGACUGACAUUUGACCAUAAAUUUUAAAAGACGGUUUUAGUUACAAACGUAUAUUGAUUCACCUGUGUGAUCGGCCUGGACAAAUAACAGUGCUGAUCAUGUAAGACUUACGAUAAGGAUAGAAAAAAGGAGCUUCUCAGAUAACUAUGGACCAUAACGGAACUACUCAGAUAACUAUGGACUAAAAGGGAGCUACUCAGAUAACUAUUGACUAAAAGGGAGCUACUCAGAUAAUUAUGGACUAAACUGGAGCUACUCAGAUAACUAUGGACUAAAUCGGAGCUACUCGGAUAACUAAGGACUAAAACGGAGCUACUAAGAUAACUAUGUACUAAAAGAGAGCUAGUCAGAUAGCUAUCGACUAAAGAGAGCUACUCAGAUAUCUAUGGAUAAGUAUUGGCUGAAAGGGAGCUAUUUAGAUAACAGUGGACCAAAACGGAGCUACUGAUAUAACUAUGAACUAAAACGGAACUACCCAGAUAACUAUGGACUGAAACGGAGCUUUUCAGAUUACUAUGGGCUAAAAGGGAGGUACUCAGAUAACUAUGGACAAAAACAAAGCUGCCCAGAUAAUAAUGGACGAAAACGGAGCUACACAGAUAACAAUGGACCAAAGUGAAGCUACUCAGAUAACAUUGAACUAAAACGGAGCUCCUUAUAUAACUAUGAACCAAAACGAAGCUACUAAUAUAACUAUGAACUAAAACGGAGCUACUCAGAUAACUAUGGACUUAAACUGAGCUACUCAGAUAACUUUGAACUUAAACGGAGCUACUACUAAUGGUACACAACCACAGACACUAAACAUUUACACUAGCAUUAGUAAUAAUGCUCAGUUGUCACUUGCCACGAUGAAAAUGUUGUUUAUACAACAAUCGUUGGUGUUUUACUAACAUUUAUUAAUGGUAGAUUUAAACACUUACUUUAGAAAAUGUGCAAUAUAUUUAUUUUCGUUUGAUAUUAAAUUGUACUAGAUAGUUUUCAAAACUUGUAAUGCUAGUUGUCUGUCACGUUUUUUGUUUGUGUAUUGAAAAACAUUAAAUAAUAAUGAGGUCGCCGUGGUGUAAUGGAUAUGGUGUCCGCCUAGCGACCGGGAGGUCACGGGUUCGAUCCCCACCGUGGGAGCGUUCUUUAGAUCUCCCCAAAGACACCAAGUACUGGUUCUAAGCCCAGGAAACGGACUCGACAGCGUUUAUAUAAUGCUUUCGAUGCAAUCGAGCUUAAAUAAAUAGGUUUAAACUAAACUAAAUAAUAAUGUUAUUUACUAGUGUCUGGACAUUGAUUGUAUAUACAUGUAUUUUACGAAAAAAUGUUUUUAAGAAUUACUCAUGACCUUUUAGUAUUUUUAUGAAAAUAAA